GGGGAGAUGCACUCAUCGAAGGAGUGUGGAAUAUAUCUUUUAUUACCAAUUACUGACGGGUUUAUUUGUAUUGGAGUGUCCAUUUUGACGAUGGCUUUUAAUGUUGAGUUGUGUUGACGAAUAACUCUAUGGGAAAUAACGUAUUCUGACGGACCCGGGAUGACAAAGACAAUAGGAUACCGAGACUGGAGAUGGCAGGCGCUUUGGUGGCAUCAUUUCUUUCUCUUGUGGAGUACAAUAAACGGACAGACUCGUUACAGCAUCCCGGAGGAACUAAAACAGGGCUCUGUGGUAGGAAAUCUAGCCAAAGAUCUGGGUUUGGGACUAUCAGACAUUUUUGACCGUAAACUGCGUCUCUCCUCCGAAGCUGGCGAGCAGUAUUUCAGCGUGGAUGCAGGGAAGGGCGAGCUGGUGGUGAAUGACAGAAUAGACAGAGAGGCUUUAUGCGCACAAAGCGCCAGCUGUGUGUUGCCUUUAAAGGUUGUAACAGAGAAUCCGCUACAGCUACACCGGAUAGAAGUGGAGAUAAGGGAUAUAAACGACAAUUAUCCCAUUUUUUCAACAGAGGAGCGAUCUUUAAAGAUAGCAGAAUCUACUGCCACAGGUAUACGAUUUCCUUUAGAAACAGCACAGGAUCAGGACGUUGGCAGUAAUUCAAUAAAAUCGUAUACUUUAAGUAAAGAUGAGUGUUUCAGUUUAAGGAUUAAAGAGUUGUCUGGUAAUCGAAAGGUUCCAGAACUAGUACUAGAUAAAUCACUUGAUAGAGAGAAACAAAGUGUCCAUCAGUUAUUACUGACAGCUUUAGACGGAGGCAAUCCUGUCAAAACUGGAACCACAAAAAUAUUUGUUACUGUACUCGACAACAAUGACAAUGUCCCUGUUUUCAAAAAGCCGUUAUAUAAUGUAACUGUACAUGAAAAUAAUGUCGCUGGUAAAGUACUUGUAAAAGUUGAAGCAACAGACGCAGACGAGGGUGUUAAUGGGGAGAUUGAAUACGCAUUUGCUGAGCAUACACCCAAAUCGCUGGUAUCUAUUUUUCAGCUAAAUUCAGGCACAGGUGAAAUGUCCUUACUAGGGCCAUUAGAUUACGAGAGCAGCACAAUGCAUGAAAUAGAUAUUACUGCAAAAGAUAAAGGAAUUCCUGAGAUGGAGGGCCACUGUCGUGUGCAAGUAAUAGUAGUAGACAUUAAUGAUAAUGCCCCAGAAAUAGUUCUCACUUCAAACCAAACGCAAUACGUGAGGAUGCACCAAGAGGGACAGUAGUGGCUCUAAUCAGAGCACGAGACCUUGACUCCGGUGAUAACGCCAAAGUAGCUUUAAAACUCGCUAAGGGCUCUCCUUUUAGUUUGAAACCAUCAUUUUCUAAUAAUUAUGCACUGGU